AUGGAGCAGAACGUCUCGAUUACGACUCUGAAGGAGGCUACGGGCCUGGACGAUCGAUCCAUCCUCUUCGUCCCACUCCUCUUUGCGGUGUACUUCGUGACCGUUGGUCUUGGAACAGCCAUCGUGGCACGGCACACAAAACGAGCCAGAAAGGCGAGGGAAGACCAAGAAGCCAGGGCAGCCGUGACCCCAACUGUGCUGGGCAAUCCGGGCUCCAGCGAUGCAGAGGCAGCCGCGCUGCUGAGCCCGCGCCGAGGGAGGGCGGGGACGUGGGCCUGUCUGGGCCGCAAGAGGUCGGUUCAGAUCUGCUUCGUGUGCACCUACAGUAUUUGCAUGAUCGCCACGGCGGUGAGCCUUGCAACGGGUACCCUGUCCAAGAGGACGGGUCUGCAUUGGGAGUGGUACCUGGGACUUCUCAGCCUCGCGUGCCUGUGGCACUUGCUUCAGGCCCUGUGUCUACCGAAAGAUCACGAAUAUCCCCUGAUGGCUUUUGCUGAGGCAACGCUGGCGGGCAUGGUGCCCUUCAUGUCAGACAACUUUGACACGCUGAAGGAUGUUAUCUUCGGAGGACUCUGCUGGCAGUCGGAACGGCCCGCCGUCAAUGCCAUGGCGUGGCUAAGCUGGCUGUACAUCCCAGCAUUCCACGCCUAUCUCCUUCGGAAAAAGCGGGUGCUCAAUGAACUGUCUAGCCACGUCCUCUCCGUCUGGACGAUGGCGACGGAGACUGAAGAUGCCCAGAGGCAAGAGCCCGAACGGCCCGACGAGACGGAAGGCCCCAAGAAAAGCGGCUGCUUCAGAAGGAUGUGGCAGGACAAGGUGCUUCCCAUCCUCUACCGACAGACGACGCCCACGAAGCAGCAGAUGCUGCUCGUGGAGAACGCCCCGCAGGCGUUCAUGGCGGUGCUGUACACAGCAGCAGAAGGUGGCAGCGUCAUCGUGUCGGUGCUGAACAUCGCGGUGCCGAUUCUGCAGGUGGUCGGAGCCAGGGCUCUCUUCCCACGCCUUCGGGAAGCCGUGGUGCCCUGGUUCGUGAAGAAAAUCAAGUCCGCCAUGAAAGACGAGGAUCCCUUAACCGUGGGACGACUCUGGAAAGAGGCAGACUUGGAGCGGGCUCCAAAGCUGCUGGCUCAUGUCGUGCGUGUCCUCUCCGUCUUCGAUGGCGAGCCUCAGCUCCUGGACUGGUUGGAGUCCAUGACAGGCCCCUUGCUGUGCUUGUCUGGCGUUUUCACAGUCACAGUUUUUGCGAAUGCUGUGCAGGGGACAAGAGCAGGGCACUACGGUACAUCCAGCUCCUGA